AUGAUUAGCAAACUCGCCGGCAAAAAUAUUUUGCACAUUGGCGGCACCUCAGGAAUUGGAUUUGCAGUAGCUCAGCAAGCUUUCCGAGAUGGUGCCAACAUAACUGUCAGCUCAUCCUCUAAAGAAAGAGUUGAAAAAGCUGUGGGUCGCCUACGCGAUAGCAAUCCAGUCCGUGCAUCAGCAGUCCGCAGCCAUGUUGCAGACCUCUCUAAAAGAGACACACUUGAGGAAACUAUCGAGAAUCUUCUUCAGUAUGCGGCCAAAACCUCGCCUAUCGACCAUAUUGUCUUCACCGCAGGGAACGUACCCCAACUUGUCCCUCUUUCCGAAACUACCUUUAAUCACGUCGAUGCAUUCCUCACGGUCCGCUUCUUCGGUGCUAUAGCGUUAGCCAAGUAUGCGCCGAAGUACAUGUCUUUGAGCAAAUCCUCAUCUAUCACUUUGACGUCAGGAACGCAGAGUAAGAAACCGUCGUCCUGGUUGCCACCCGCUGUCUGUGGUGCUGUUGAAGGGUUGAUGAAGGGGUUAGCUAUCACGUUGUCGCCUAUGCGCGUGAAUGCUGUGUCUCCAGGAUUUAUUCUGACAGAGUUAAUGGAGCGACUUCCUGAAAAUAUGGUCCAAGGUGCUAUUGAGAAGCAUACGAAAGCGUCUCUGACCAAAGAUAUUGGGUAUCCUGAUGAUGCGGCUGAAGCUUACUUGUAUCUCAUGAAAGAUCGUUUCGUGACGGGGUCUACAAUAGCCACAAAUGGAGGCGCUUGGCUGGUUUGA